AUGGCCCGUAAAGAAGCCCCAGCGGCACCCGCCGAGCCGGCUACUCAGCCUGACAAGAAAAAUACGGCUGAAGGAAAUCUGGAAAACGAAGAAGAGGAUUACGUCGAGGAAGAUGAUGAAGACUAUGACCCAGAAAAGAAACAACAGGAAGAGGACCAGGAAAGUGAUAACUCAGACAACGAACCCGAACCAGACUACUCGGCUAUCAACACAGGCGUCAGUCAAGUAAGAACGCGAACACAAAGAUACGAGGAGGAGCUUGGAGGUGGUAAGAAGCGCAGAAUAGACCCCAGUGGCCUACUACAAGACGAGCUGAGGGUAGACGUGAAUGCCAUCUUUGAAUCUUUGAAAAGUGGCAACGACGACACAGAUUGGACUACGCUUAUAGAUAAGGAUGCUGUUGUGGAGGAGAAGAAACCCGAAGAGCCCACAGACCCCCACGAAACUAGAAUGGUGAGAAUUGAGACCUCCUACACUUUUGCAGGCAAGUUGGUCAAGGAGCUGAAAAUGGUGCAGGCAGAUUCUGCUGAAGCGAAGGCGUAUCUCAAUUCUGCAAGUGGUAUAACGAUAGGAGGCGAAGGUGAAGGUCAGAAGAAGCUGUUUGUCACUGUUGUGCGUACGAUCAAGGGAACAGACGAGCAAGUGCCCCUCAUGAUCAAGCUCAAGAGACCAUCGCUUAUUGACAAGUUCCUCAAAGGUGACAAGAAAAACAAGCUCACGACACUUGAGAAGUCUCGUCUUGACUGGGCCAGUUAUGUUGACGAGGAGAAGAUCCAGGACGAUUUGGCCCUACACAAUAAGGCCGGUUACCUUGACAAGCAGGACUUUUUGGGUCGUAUGGAUGCCAAGAGAGAUGUCCAGUACCAGCGUGCCAAAGAGCUCGAGCGCCAGCGCCAGUGGCAGCUUCAGCAGAAGGGAAAGUAA